AUGUCAUACUACCGAUCUUCAACCCUCGUCGCCACCACCUCCCAAGCCGUCCCCGUGGCUUCUACAUCUCGACUUCCUGCCCUCACAGUACUGGAAGACGAAGAUGCCAAGCCCGUACAAGGGAAGGCUGACAAAGGGAAGGGUAAGGAGGUAAAGCAGAAGAAGUAUACCAUGGAGGAGAUGGAGAAGCUGGCAGGACGAAUUUGCAACGUCCAGCCACUAGGGGCAUGCCCUAAACCUCAGCUUGCAGGAAGCUUAUACUGCGCGAAUCACUCGUGCCAGGCGCUCAACGCCGAUGGUGAUCGAUGCGGCAAUUGGGUAUCCAAUCCCGCAUCAACCAAGUUUUGUGCUAGUGGGUGGCACUUGGAAAACUCUCGACAUACCCAUCUCUCCGACCUCAUGGCAUACCGGAACUCCCUAAUUCAACAGCAAUCCGAUGAGCGGGCAAGACAGACCGCCGCUCAGCUGUACUACAUCGAACAACGGUUCCCCUCUACCUCCUCAUCUUCUUCAAAUGAUUCAGGUUCGCCGAGAAGUCCUUUCACAAGAGGAACCAAUCGCGCGAACGGAUCAAGAGAUAUCAGCGAAGAAAGAGGAUGGGGUUCCCACGGUGUAGAUACUUGGUGGAAAGGUACAUGGGGCCUAAGCUCGGAGAGCAAAUCAAGGAGAAGUAGCGAAUAA